AAAAAAGAACUGCUAACCUUUCAUUUCAUCUUUUUCAUAAACAGUGCUGGAAUAUCUUUGAUUAUUUUCUUGUUGCCUCAUAGUUUUCAUUGAAAGCCAUAGUUGCGAAUAUAUGUUUGGCUUUUCCCGUAGUCAACCCAAUUGAGACGUUUAAGGUUUGUAGUCAAGUGUAAAUCCAACCGAGAAAGGUUUGUCUCGCUAGAAAAAGCCUAUGUAAACAGACCAUCAUUGUUCCUCCCUUUCUUUUUGUACAGAAUACAUAGUUUGAAUAAGGCAUACACAAAUAAUGCUUUUGGCUCUCCGAAGUUCUGAUGACUGAUGACAUAUACUAUGCCUUUCACAUGCAUUUUUUUUUCUCUUCACCAUUUUAUAUAGCAUUCAAAACCUAAAAAAAAUUCCCAUAUCGUUUUCUUUUCGUUUUCUUUCUCUCUCUCUCUCUCAACCCCCUACUCUUUCUUAUCAUGCCUGAAUUGAAGACUUUUACUAGAGCUGAAGUAGCCAAACACAAUACUGAAGAUGAUUGUUGGAUCAUUAUUGACGGUUCUGUCUAUAAUGUCUCCACCUUUGCUCAGCUGCAUCCUGGUGGCAGUCAAAUCUUGAUUGAAUUAGGUGGCAAAGACGUUACUGAGGACUUUUACGGUCUUCAUCGUCAAGAAGUAUUGAUCAAAUACGCUCCUCGUCUCAAGAUUGGUACGAUUGAGAAUGAAGUGUCUCAAGUGAGCUUGCCUUCUCCUGGUGAUCUCUCAGCUGUUCCCUAUGGUGAGCCUAGUUAUUGGAUGGGCUUCAAGAGUGCUUAUUUCACUGAGAGUCAUACACGUUUCCGUAAGGCAUUUCGUGCUAUCUACGAUGAAAUCAAGUCUGAUGCUGUUUUGGCUGAAGAUCAAGGUACUUAUCCUACUAAGGAAUUGUAUGCCAAGUUAGGUGAAGCUGGUGUAUUGGCUAGUCAAAUCGGUCCUGGUCCUUGGCUUAAGGGUCUUCAAUUACCUGCUGGUAUCAAGCCUGAAGAAUUCGAUUAUUUCCAUGAAUUGAUUGCUCAUCAAGAAACAGCUCGUCUUGGUACACCUGGUUUUGCUGAUAGUAUCUCUUCUGGUUACUCGAUUGGUCUCCCUCCCGUCUUCAACUUUGGCAGUCCUGAAUUAAAGGCCAAGGUUGUUCCUGAAGUGCUUCUUGGUAAGAAGCGUAUCUGUCUGGCCAUUACGGAGCCUUAUGCUGGUUCUGAUGUGGCUCGUAUCCGUACCACUGCCACCCGUACGCCUGACGGAAAGCAUUUCAUCAUCAACGGUGUCAAGAAAUGGAUUACCAACGGCGCCUUUGCUGAUUACUUUACUGUUGCUGCUGUGACAGAGAAAGGAAUCACGACCUUUUUUGUUGAACGCGACGAUAACAUCGAAACCAAACAGAUCAAGACGUCUUAUUCACCUUCUGCUGGUACUGCCUACAUCACCUUUGAAAACGUCAAGGUACCUGCUGAAAACAUUCUUGGUAAAGAAGGCAAGGGUUUCCAGGUCAUCAUGUACAACUUCAACCAUGAACGUUGGUACAUUUGUGGUGCUGUCACAGCUGCUUCACGCGCUAUUGUUGAAGACUGUUUCAAAUGGGCUGUUCAGCGCAAAGUGUUUGGCAAGCGUCUUAUUGACCAACCUGUGAUUCGUAACAAGUUGGCUGCCAUGAUUUCUCAAUUGGAAGCUGUUGAGAACUGGCUUGAGAACAUUACGUACCAAAUGUGCAACAUGAGCUACCAAGAGCAGUCUGUCAAGUUGGCUGGUCCUAUUGCCUUGUUGAAAUACCAAGUGACCCGUGUGGCUCAUCAUAUUGCUGACGAUGCCUGUCAAAUCUUUGGUGGUCGUGCUAUCACCAAGACAGGCAUGGGUCGUCAAGUAGAAGCAUUCCAAAGAACCUAUAAGUUUGGUGCUAUCCUUGGUGGUUCUGAAGAAAUCAUGGCUGAUCUUGGUAUCAGACAAGCCAUGAAGCAAUUCCCUACCAGUGCUAGACUCUAA